GAUGUCAUGCUGUCACUUAUGGCGUACACUGUGUCGGUCGGACUGAACAGGGCGGACAUGGAGAAGCUUGUGGGAAUAAUGAACCUUUUCCUGGGCAAGCCCGUUCUUCCUACUUCAAGCUACAUGCUUAGGAAAGUGUGGAGGCAGUGGAUGGAUGACCUUGUCAAGUGUCACUACUUUUGCCAAGCAUGCGAAGCUGUGGUAUCAAAUCCUGGCCAAAAAGAUUUUUCAUGCCCACAUUGCACCGCCGAAAACUCUGGUAAAAAUUUUUUCGUUACAUUGGACCUCAAGAAGCAAAUUGAGGUCAUGCUUUUGGACAAAGCUGUGUCAAAGGGCCUAAUGGACUCAUUGAAGAGAAGGCAAUCUGAAACGCAUGAUGGCAUUGUCAAAGACAUUAGUGACGGUCGCCUUUAUAAGGAACAGAUGAACGACUCGUCUUGGUGCGACAUCUCUCUAACCUUCAACACUGAUGGUGCAAAAGUGUUUAAGUCAAACAAGGCUUCCAUAUGGCCAGUACAGUGUGUGGUGAAUGAACUGCCGUUAUCUUUGCGGUGGGGCAAUGUACUGCUAUGUGGGCUUUAUUUUGGAAAGGGACACCCAAAAAUGAGUUCGUUUCUUGGAACUUUUGUUCAAAGUAUCAAGGAACUGAACUGUGUCAGGUGAAGGUGUGAUGAACAGUCGCUCUCCUCAAAGGUGCACAUCACAUGUUGCUGUGUCGAUGCCCCAGCACGAGCGGCAGUGCUCAAUAUGAAACAGUACAACGGCUACUAUGGGUGCAGCUUUUGUCUUCACAGCGGUGUUCAUAUACACGGAUCCCUGAGAUACCCAGUGCAACCACAAUGAAGGCAGCCAGAACUAAGGACUGACAAAAGUGUCAGGGAAGACAUGCAAGCAUCUCUGCUCUCUGGUAAUCCAUCCCACGGCAUAAAGGGAUCUUUAGCACUUGCUCACCUACCCAAGUUUGACCUAGUGCAGUCUGUUUGUCCUGACUAUAUGCACUGUGUCCUCGAAGGCGUUGCAAGACAGCUGGCAGACAUAUGGUUUGGGGCAGUGAAUUCAUCGUCCUAUAUUGGAAUGCCAGCGCAAGUCAAGAGGGUAGAUGAAAGAUUGCUCUGCAUUAAGCCACCACAGUGGUUUACUAGAUUUCCACGAUCAAUUCAAGAACGAGCGAUGUGGAAAGCAAGCGAAUGGAAGUGGUGGGUUUUAUUUUACGGUGCCCCAUGCCUUGAUGGCAUCUUGCCAUCAAACUACCACAACCACUUCUGUCUGCUGGUGUCAGCUAUGCACCUUCUGCUAAAAGAUAGCAUUACCAGGGAAGACAUUAGCGAUGCAAUGGGAAAGCUAUCUGACUUUGUGUUUAAAAUGCAGAAGCCCUAUGGUGAGGCAUCUAUGACCUUCAAUGUGCAUCAACUCUUACACCUGCCAAGGAGUGUGGUGGAACUUAGCCCUUUGUGGGCUCACUCCACAUUUGUUUUUGAAUCGGGAAAUGGAGUUUUGUUGAAGUUGAUAAGUAGUGCAAACGGCGUGGCAGUACAAGUAUUGGAAAGGUUUGUGAUUCAACUACGACUUGUAAUGCUCAAGAACACUCUUGACCUGCAGCCUCAGGUUAAGGAAAUGUGUCAACAGUUAAUAGCUCCAGCACCUUCCAAAGUUCCUGAAACAAGGACUUUGGGUAGAGGGAUUGUUUGUGGAAUUGUGGGCCAUGAGCAAAAGAGUGCAUUUAUUCCAGAGCUUGGCUUCAUUCUAGAUGCAGUCACCAGCUACCAGCGUAUUGUAGUUCGGGGCCACCUGCUUCACACCACUGAAUACCAGCGUGCUAAAAGGACCAGAAACUGUACUUUCAAAUGCACAGAGGGUCAGUUUUAAACUUUGCACAAUGUGUAUGAACUUUCUGAUAAUUCUUACAUGUUGAUGUGCACACAGCUAGCCUGCAAAAGGUACUGCAACAUAGCGCAUAUUAACUCCUGCACCCCAAAAAGAGAGAGUGUUGAUGCCUCUUGAUAGAGUUGCUAGUAUUUCUGUUUUGAUGUCUCUGGGUACUUCAUGCUAUGUUGCAGACCUACCUAACUUUCUUGAGAAAGACUAGAACUAUAGUAGAAUGAGAAUAAUAUGUGGGGUCUUACGUCCCCAAACUACGAUAUGAUUAUGAGAGACACCGUAAUAGAGGGCUCCAAAAAUUUCAACCAUCUGGUGUUCUUUAAUGUGUACUGACAUCACACAGUACAUGGCCCUCUACCAUUUUGCCUCCAUCGAAAUGCGACCACUGCAACUGGAAUCGAACCCGUGACCUCCUGGUCAGCUGCCUAGCACCAUAACCACUGAUUUAGUGGGGUGGACGAAGACUAG